CAGUCGGGCGGAGAGUCACUCAGCAAACUGAGCAAGUCGGCCAGUAGCCGGGUGAAGCCAAGAAGGGCAGGCACUCCCCAAAUCCUGAUGAAUUCCAGAUGAGAGCCCAGACUGCCUGGAACACACACACACACAUAAAGAAAAACAAUGACAAGAAAGAGUGAGAGCGAGGGAGGAUGGAGAGAGGGAGGAGGGAUCCGACAAGUGAACCCAGUGAAUGAAGGGGAACGAUCCUCCACUUGAAACAGACGAAACUCAUCAGUCAGGCCGCUUUUUUCGUCCGCCUCCGUGAUGUUCGUCUUCCACUGUGACUGCUUCCCCUGAGAGAGAGAGAGAGAGAGAGAGAGAGGGAGGCAGAGACGGAGCUUGACAGGAAGAGUGUGUGUGUGUAUGUGUGUGUGUGUGUGUGUGUGUGUCGAGCUGUGACCCGUGCGUGAGGAUAAUCAACAUGACGCAGCGGUGGGCUCUGCUGGCCGUCGUCUACCUGUCCAUCCACCUGGCAGCCACUCAGCACCAGCGGAGAGCUCUGUUUCCAGGCGCACGCAGGAUAAAGCGCGGGACGUACUCGCUGGUCGACCCCACGUUCCAGCGCUCGGCGGCGGACGUGGACCUGCUGUUCGAGAUUCUGUUGGCCGGGAUGCAGAUAGAGGGCGAAGGACACGCCAUGCUGAUCCCAGACGAGGAGCUGGCGUCCCUGAGGAGCGUGGAGAGGCUGGACGUCAUCUGCGAGGACGUGCUGCCCAAGAGGCUGUCCGACGUCCGCCGGCUGGCGGCGGAGCUGGCCCGGCGCCGGCGGCCCCUGAGCUGGCAGGACUUCGAGCGGACGGUGCUGACCCUGGUGUACGCCGCCCAGACGCUGGCCGGCGCCGGCGGCCGGCAGCAGAGGGAGGCGUGGACGGACGCCGCGGUCCAGCUGUUCAGGGCCGUCCAGAAAGACCUCGGACCCCUGUGAGGAGGAAUCAGGAGAUGUCAAAUUAAUUUUUGAAAUGAUGCAGUGUCCGACCUUUGACACUGAGAUGGAACUGCAGAUUAAACUUCACAACUUCCAAAGCUUUAAAACUCUGAUUUCCUUGAGCACGUCUGUGUUCAUCACACGCCGGGGGCCGCUGGCGCUGACUCAGGACGACUGAUUGAUGAGGAGGUGAAGGCAAGAGUUUCCUUCCAGGACCGGGGAUAAGCCUUCAGUGUGUGCGCCGCUCUAACGAUGACGAUGAUGAGUUCUGGGAUGUGUCUGGCCACUACUUGACGGAGCGUAAAAGAAGUCGGUAUAUUGGAAGGAGUAAAACUGUAUGGAGCUGCUGGUAUGGAGUCUGACAGCCCUCAAGCCUGCUGUCUGAGCAACUUGGAUGGAAUAGCAGCAUUUCCUCUGGAGGAGACUGGAAACGAGGGUGUUUAAAGAGGGGGAUACGCGAGACCCACGUCUGGUUUGGUAGCGGGGACCCACGCUGGAGCAGC